AUGGCGGAGCUGCCGCUGCCCGCCGGGCUCAGCGCCAGCGCCUUCCCCGCCAAGCUGUGGCGCCUGGUGAACAGCCCCCGCGUCCGCUCCGUGCGCUGGGACAGCCGGGCCCAGGGGCUGCUCGUCCACCGCUCCCUCUUCGAGCGGGAGCUGCUCGGCCCGGGCCCCGCCCCCGGGGGCGGUGGCGCUGGGGCGGGGCCGGUGCCGCGCCCCUUCAGGGCCACGCAGUUCAGCAGCUUUGUGCGGCAGCUCUACCGCUACGGCUUCCGCAGGGUGCCGGGCUGGCUCGGCGCGGCUGCGCCGGGCGAUGCCGGGGGCUGGCUGCACUUCAGCAGCCCCUGCUUCCGCCGCGACCGCCCCGACCUUCUGCUCCGCCUCCGGCGCCGGAGCGCGGCCGACAGGCGGCGGCCGGCGGCGGGCCGGGAGGGCCGCAGGCGCCCGCCCUGCGGCUCCCGG